AUGCUGGCGGUGAGGUGCCUGGUACGGCUGUAUGAGGUACCGGCCGAGUAUGGCCAAAUCUCAGCCCUUGACACGCACGGCAGCACCAUCUUUGCUGGCACCGACCACGGCCUCCUCCUGAAGCUCACUGUGGAGGGCGCGUUGUCAUCCGUUGCAGUACGGCAGGCGCAACAACCUCGUUACGGCAGCAGCGACAAUGCAACCAUAAACGGCCGUGCGUAUGCCUCGGCCCCACCCAAUGGGGCUUACACGCCUUUGUCUGCCUCUCCGGAGGCUUGCGAGAAAAUUAACACCACACUCGUGCGCUUUACUCUACUAUCAACGAUGAAAAUGAAAAUUGAUCGGGUUCAACAUAGUCGCACGCAUACUCUUCUCUUUGUAUUGUACGAACAUCGCCUUGUAGUGCUGAACUCGGUUAGCUUCUCUUGCCUUCAAACUAUCGCGGAACAUGUUGGAACCUUCUUUGUUUCGGAUUCGCGGCAAAACAGUUCCCAACGUGCGGGACUGCAUGUGAUAUGUGCAUCCGAGUUGAAUGGUAAGGGACUCAGCGUAUUUGAGUUUGACGCGUCCCAAGGUGAAGGCGCACGGGCUAUUCUUGCACAAGAGCUUGUACUUCCGGAACCCGUUCAUGCCCUAGUCAGCUAUGGCAGUAUUGCUUGCGUUGGUAUGCGGCGGGAGUACAGCCUUAUUUCUCUUUCGGACGGGAGCUCCUGUGGUGUACUUCCUCUUGGUGGGGGGAAACAGCCGUUGUUGGCAAUUGGUGACGGCGAGGUGUUUAUGCGUUACAAUUGUUCCAUUUUUUCCGUUUCAAUGCGCUCCAUGCCGUCGGGGAGAGUUCUUGGGCGGACGAUACAACUGAAGGACGAACCCCUUUCGUUUGUUGUUCGUCACCCGUUUCUUUUUGUGUUUACGGAGCACUACUGCGAUGUUUUCUCGCUCUACGAUAAUGAUGUGUCCGGAAGGUUGAUGCUGCCUGGGUGUCUCUUUACCUCCCAGCUGGGGCGCGGCGAUUUUGUCUACGCGGCCAGCAAGACAAAGAUUUGGAUGGCCAGCUUGCACUCCUUGCGUCAACAACUGGCAAAUCUGGUCGAACACUUCAAGGUGGAGGAAGCCUUUCAUUUGUUAGGAAGCCAGCGGGCAAUGGGCACCUUGGACUUGCAGGGGAUUGAAUUGGAGCUACACAUUAUGGCGGGAUACGCCUACCUACACCACUGCCGCCCGAAAGAGGCGAUGCUGCACUUCAAUGAUCACAUUGAUCCGAGAGACUUAUUACUGUCGCUGCUGGAGUGCAUUCCACCUGGCCCCGAAGAGUACAGCCCUGAACUGCGGGCACUUCUGGCAAAGAAGCCGUUGAAAGCAGAUGCCAUUACGACUCCAGAGACGGAAGCUACAACUUCUUUGUCAUGCGGAGUCGUAUUCAUGGGCGAUGAACAGAGCCCGAAAACAUCAUCUGAAAGAGGAAAGAAACAUGCCAUGGAGGGUCAUAUUGAUGCUGGCUAUGAGGAUAGCAAUGGUGCGGAGGACAGCUACUGGGCUCAAUGGGAGGGACUCUGUCCCUACAACACAUAUGCUGGUGAGCUGCAUCAUGCGUGGCUUGAGACGUUUGAGACCUUUCCGCUUGUGCCAAGGAGUGGUGACGACGCCAAUGAACCCAUCUACCGCCAGGUCACAGAGUGUGGUGCGGUCACCGCAACGACUUUUUUGGAACAUGCAUGGGAGCUAUUUAAGGACGAAGUUACAUUGUACUUUCGUUCGCGUUUAAGGCAGUCCUCGGAUGUGUACGCGCGAGCGAUGGAGUACGCCCUGCUGGUACUUGCUCUUGAGGCGCAAGAUCAUCGAGCGGCGUAUCGAGUUGUCGCGUUUGGUUUAUCGAUUCGCUUGGAAGACUGUUAUGACUUACUUUCUUCACUGCGGGAGUACCGCCUGUUGGCGUGUUUAUUAUUUCGCCGUGGAUAUGUGCGGGAGGCAAAUGAGUUGCUGACGUUGCGCGUGCACGUCUCCAGCAUUCUACCACCGCUUGAGAGUAAACCAUUGGACGCUGCGAGAGCAACUUCUCCGGCGUACAAAAUUUUACCCGAGGCGAUGCACGUGCACUUGAACCGACUUUUAGCCCUUCCAUUAACGUCACCCCACCAGAAUACCGCACGGUCUCAAACUGGUGAAGGAAGUUCAUUAAAUGUGACCUCAACACCCACAACGCUGCCACCGUCGCUCACAGAGGUGAUGUACCUGGUAAGCAAGCUCAAUUUGGCGGCGCUGCGGGAGCUGCUCCAGGAGGACCCCGAGGCUUCAUGGACCGUGGAUGAAGAGGGCUGCUCAUUGCUUCAUGUACUUUUUGGCCUGCUCGUCUUGUUGGAGAGUUCCGACGAAGACAUGACCUCUGAGGGUGGAGGUGCACUACUGAACCUUGUCCUAUCGUGUGCGAUAUUGUUGUUGGAUUAUGGCACCCCGGUGUCGGUAGUGAGUGCACAGGGACUCAGUUGCCUGGACGUGGUUGCUCUUGUGACGGGUGAUGCAUUUCUAGAUAUUAUUUUAGUAGCACUGCUGGCUGACAAGGAGGUGAAAGACAUUGCUGCUGCUGUUGAGAAGGGCAAUUCGAUGCCGAUAGUCUGA